AUGUGGUCCUGGUUCGGCGGAGCGGCCGCUCAGAAGCGGAAAGAUGCGCCCAAGGAGGCAAUCCUGAUGCUCCGCGAGCAGCUGGACAUGCUCCAGAAGCGCGAGAAGUAUCUCGAAAGUCAGAUGGACGAGCAGGAUGCGAUUGCGAGGAAGAACGUGACGACGAAUAAGACCGCGGCCAAGAACGCCCUGCGACGGAAGAAGAACCACGAGAAGAACCUCGAGCAGACGACCGCGCAGAUCGUACAGCUCGAACAGCAGAUCUAUUCGAUCGAGGCGGCGAACAUCAACCAGGAGACUCUCAAUGCCAUGAAGGCGGCCGGUGCGGCGAUGACGCAGAUCCAUGGCUCGAUGACCAUCGACAAGGUGGAUGAGACGAUGGACAAACUCCGCGAACAGCACCAACUCAGCGAGGAGAUCGCCCAGGCCAUCACAAGCAGCUCCAUCACCGAACAACCGGACGAGGCCGAUCUGGAGGCGGAGCUCGAGGGUCUGGAGCAGGAGGCGAUGGACGAGCGGAUGCUCAAGACCGGCACCGUGCCCGUGGCAGACCAGCUCAACCGAUUACCCGCCGCGGCCAACGGAGAACUCAAAACACGACCCACACACAUCGAGGAAGACGACGAGGAAGCGGAGCUGGAGAAGCUUCGCGCCGAGAUGGCCAUGGGAUAA